GGGAGUUGCGGAUUUUCCAACCGCCUUCUUUUGAGUGAUUGAUAAACGUUAAAAUAUUUACUCUCCGACAGACGGUAGAAAUUUUAAUUCCAUAUUGUGUGUUGUGAGACGACAAAAUAACUGAAAACAACAAGGGGAACAUAGAGAAAAAUCAAAUUAAGCAUCAAAACGUGACAAAUUAAUCAAAAAAAAAAAAAGAGAAAAGAUUGUAGAGUUGAAUAUGUGUGGAAGAAUAAAUUAAAAAGUUUUUUUCCGCCGCUUUUGUCGUACGUGACAAGCACAAGUCACAAAAUUAUGACAUUCACGUUGUGAAUUAUUCGUGGAGUCAGUGACGUGGCUUGAGGCCUGUGAUAUUUGUAUUUAAAAAUAAAAAACAUUUAUAAGUAAGUGAUCACAUAACAACUUAAUCAGAAAGACAUUAGAAAAGCUCUAAAGCUAAUUAAACAAGUGUAUCAAUGUAAAUAAAAGAUACAAAGAUAUCUGAUGAAAAAUUAUAUGGAAAUGUAUUUUUACGAGUUGAAUUUGUCACGAGGCGAUUUGCUUUCAAUGUGCGGAAGGUGCAGAACAAAACGUUUUGUCUGAAUUCGAGCCACCAUCGGUUGGAGCAAAGCUGAAAAAUCGAUGAAAAACAAUUUUUCCCCCGAAAAAAAAAGAAAGAAAGAAAGAA